CCCUCUUCAAUUCACUCCUCACUUUUGCGCCAAAACUGUUUUACGAAAUUCCCCAACCAAAUCGAAGAAGAUGUACGUUGUGGAGAGAGAUGGUCGUCAAGAGGCGGUUCGUUUUGACAAGAUAACGGCGAGGUUGCAGAAACUCAGUUACGGUUUAAGCACUGAACACUGUGACCCUGUUUUAGUCGCUCAGAAAGUUUGUGCCGGCGUUUACAAAGGCGUCACCACCACUCAACUUGAUGAAUUAGCCGCUGAAACCGCCGCUGGCAUGACCGCUAACCACCCCGAUUAUGCAUCCUUGGCUGGUAGGAUUGCUGUUUCAAAUCUGCACAAGAACACACUGGAAUCCUUUUCUGAAACUGUUAAGAAGGCGGCUCCGUUGAUUGCUGAUGAUGUGUAUGCAAUCAUCAUGAAGAAUGCGGCUCGAUUGGAUAGUGAGAUAAUCUAUGAUAGGGAUUUUGACUACGAUUACUUUGGAUUCAAAACCCUAGAAAGGUCUUAUCUGUUGAAAGUUGAAGGAGUGGUUGUGGAAAGACCUCAACAUAUGAUAAUGAGGGUUUCUGUUGGAAUUCACAAAGAUGAUGUUGAAUCUGCUGUCAAAACUUAUCAUUUCAUGUCUCAGAGAUGGUUCACUCAUGCUUCUCCUACACUUUUCAACGCCGGAACACCUAGGCCUCAGUUGAGUAGUUGCUUCUUGGUUUGCAUGAAAGAGGAUAGUAUUGAGGGGAUUUAUGAUACAUUGAAGGAGUGUGCUGUCAUUAGUAAAUCUGCUGGAGGGAUUGGUGUUUCUGUUCACAAUAUACGUGCCCAAGGUAGUUACAUUCGGGGAACAAAUGGAACGUCUAAUGGUAUUGUUCCGAUGCUUCGUGUGUUCAAUGAUACUGCACGUUAUGUUGAUCAGGGGGGAGGCAAGAGGAAAGGUGCUUUUGCUGUGUACUUGGAGCCAUGGCAUGCUGAUAUAUUUGACUUCCUGGAAUUGAAAAUAAAUCAUGGAAAGGAAGAGCAACGUGCUCGAGAUUUAUUUUACGCCCUUUGGGUGCCUGAUCUCUUUAUGGAAAGAGCUCUGAGCGAUGGGGAAUGGUCCCUGUUCUGCCCCAAUGAAGCACCUGGUUUGGCAGAUUGUUGGGGUGAAGAAUUUGAUAAGCUGUACACUCAGUAUGAAAAAGCAGGAAAAGCAAAAAAGAUUGUUCAAGCACGGACUCUGUGGUUUGCAAUUUUGAAGUCACAGAUAGAAACUGGAAAUCCUUACAUGCUUUUUAAGGAUACUUGCAAUAGGAAAAGCAACCAGCAGAAUCUGGGCACAAUUAAGUCAUCAAAUCUGUGCACUGAGAUAAUCCAGUAUACAAGUCCAACAGAGACUGCUGUGUGUAACCUUGCAUCAAUUGCACUACCGCGUUUUGUAAGAGAUAAGGGUUUGCCUGUGGAGUCUCAUCAGUCUAAGCUUGUUGGGAGCAGAGGCUCUAGCAGUCGGUAUUUUGACUUUGAAAAACUAGGAGAGGUUACUGCUGUGGUGACAACCAACCUUAAUAAAAUAAUUGAUGUCAACAACUACCCAGUUGAAACUGCAGAAAGGUCAAACUUGCGGCACAGACCCAUUGGUAUUGGAGUUCAGGGUCUUGCUGAUACCUUCAUACUACUAGGAAUGGCAUUUGAUUCACCAGAGGCUCAACAGUUAAACAAGGAUAUUUUUGAGACUAUAUACUACCAUGCUCUCAAAACUUCUUGUGAAUUAGCUGCAAAAGAAGGCCCCUAUGAAACUUAUAGCGGUAGUCCUGUAAGCAAGGGAAUUCUUCAGCCUGACAUGUGGGGUGUGACUCCCUCCAAUUUGUGGGAUUGGGGUGCACUUCGGGAGAUGAUAUCAAAGACGGGUGUACGGAAUUCACUUCUUGUUGCCCCUAUGCCAACUGCAUCUACCAGUCAAAUUCUUGGCAAUAACGAGUGUUUUGAACCAUAUACUUCUAAUAUCUACAAUCGCAGAACUCUAAGUGGUGAGUUCGUUGUAGUGAACAAGCAUCUUCUUCACGAUUUGACUGAAAUGGGACUGUGGAAUCCUGCACUUAAGAAUAAGAUUCUCUAUGACAAUGGUUCAGUACAGAAUCUUUCAGAAAUACCUGCUGAACUGAAAGGCAUAUACAAAACUGUUUGGGAGAUCAAGCAAAAGAUAUUGGUUAAUAUGGCUGUUGAUCGAGGAUGCUACAUAGAUCAGAGUCAAAGCUUAAAUAUACACAUGGAUCAACCCACCUAUGGAAUGCUUACCUCCUUGCAUUUUCAUGCUUGGUCAAAGGGUUUGAAGACUGGGAUGUACUAUCUCCGAACACGAGCUGCAAGUGAUGCCAUCAAGUUCACUGUUGAUACGUCUGCCAUUAAAGAUCAACCUAAGGUGAAGGAAGCAGAUGAUGCUGAGGAUGAGGAUGAUGAUGCCAAGAUGGCACAGAUGGUGUGCUCUUUGACAAACAGAGAUGAGUGUACGUCCUGCGGAAGUUGAAACUACACCUUAGUAGAUUUCCACCUGUUGGCUUGAACGAGGCAUGAACAAAUACUUUACUGCAUAACUGCACUACAUGUGAAGUCAUCAUUUGUCUAAGUUUCAAAUGCCAAUCCAUGUAUGGAAAUCUUCAAGAUUUCUGAUAUGUCUUCAGUGCUUUGUAUAGAAUUUACUCUAGUGUUAAUUUCAUUUGCCUUCAUUGCUUGAUCAAAAAAAAAUAUUCUAUGAGAAAUUUUAGAAGUUUGAACAAUUAACUUUGCAUUUAAAGAAGCUUCCCAUCAGUGAAAUUCCACUGGGGUUUUAUAGUUUAA